AUGCUUUGGACACGACCAGGGAAGCAAGGAAACCCAAGUUUGUCUCACUCGGCAUCCUUGGAGGAAUGCUCUUGUGCUGCACACUUGAGCCUCGCAUCCCGUAAUCGCCAUGCGCGGCCAAUCGCCCUGAUCCGAGCGGCGACGGGCCUACGAGCGCAAGCCCGGUCCCCGCUCGUCGUCGCCCGGCAAUGGCGGGCCAUUCAGAUCAAUGCGUCGCCGGCCACGGAUACGCCGCAGGUCGCCGGCGAUGCCUUUGGCCUGGGUGCCUCGUCUCGAGACCCAGCCGAUGCCCGGUUCGAGGUCCUCGGAAGUCCUUACUCGCUCCUUUCCGUCACUCUUUCCGCUUCUCAGAAGCUCUACACGCGCCGAGGCACCCUCGUUGGCGUCGCCGGCAACGCUGAAAGUGCCCAAUCUACUUUGUCCAUUCUCUCCCCCUUCACCCGAGCCUUCUUCGGCGUCCCCUUUCUCUACCAGCGCAUCUCCUCCACGACCCCCAUCACGGCGUUAAUAUCCACCAAAUCCCCGACCACCACCUUUUCCGUCCUCCACCUCGACGGCACCACCGACUGGGUCGUGUCCCAGCGCAACGCCCUCCUCGCCUGGACGGGACACACCCUCUCGCCCACGCCGCGCCUCCAGUCCAGCCUCUCGGUCGCGCACUGGGGCAGCACCCACCUGACGGGCCGGGGGCUCGCCGCGCUCUCGUCCCCCGGCCAAAUCUACCAGCUCACCCUGGCCGAGGGCGAGGAGUUUGUCGCCCACCCUUCCAACGUCGUCGCGUACACCGUCACGCGCUCGCCGCCCUCGCCCUUCCGCUUCAAGAGCUCCAUCCUCCGCCUGCAGGUCCCCUCUUUCCCCACCGGCCUCGCCAACGUUGAAUUCUUCCGCGUCAUGCGCACCACCAAGACGUACAAGACGGUCGCGCGCCUCCUCUACAACCUGCGCACCUCGCUCCGGCGCACGAUUUGGGGCGAUAGGCUGUUUUUGCAGUUCAAGGGUCCCGCCACCCUCCUCAUGUCCAGCCGCGGGGUGCGCCUAGCCGACUCUCUCACCAGCGCCGACGUCAACGAGAUUGCCGACGCGCCCGCGGGCAAGGCCGCCGAGGUGGUGAACAAGCUUCAGCGGGACGCCAUCAAGGCGGAGGAGGCUGCCGGGGCCAAGUCAGCUGUGAUUCGAAAGGUACCGGCUACGGAAGGUGGCAGAGUUGUGCUCGAGGAGCCCAAGGGGUUGAAGGAUACGAUACAAUGA